AACAAUCUGGUUCUCUUUCACUUCGACGUCCGAAAAAUCGUCGGCCUUUAACUAUCUUAACGAAACUAGAAAAAAGAAAUACAUGGUCUCCUAUAUCUUUUUUUCAACAAAAAAACGGGAAUGCUCCAAAUACACCAACAAAAAGAUUCACCGGAUGGCUUGGAAGAAAAGAUGAUGCUAAUGGCAAUGGCUCAAUGAUGCAUUCUGAUAACUCUCAACUUGGUGAAUCUUUUACAAUUUCCCUGGGAAAUCAAGUGAAAUCAACACAUAAUCUUAGAUUAUUGGUAUCUGAUGUGGAUGAUUUGCUAAAAUCCUCAAAUGACCAACUAAAAGAAAUUGCGCAUAGAGCUCAAACUGCUGCAAAUUUGUAUUCACAAGACUUGGCGGCAAUUGUUUUACUUCUGACUCCUCAAGAUUGGCCAACAUAUAAGUUUGGGAAGGGUGCUAAUAAAGCAUUCUUUGAAAGGUGUAAAGAAUCAACUGAAUUUCAUUUUGAUGAUGUCGGAACACAACUUGAAGCUAUUGAAAAGGAUUUUACAAAUGAUCGAGGAGUUUCAUCUGUAAAAGAAGGUUAUAUUUCAUCUAGUUAUUGGCUUUGA